AAAAUAUACAAUAAAGCCGAUAUGAAAUAAUUACAAUACAAAAUGGAAUCCAAGAAUAGAAGCGGUGCCGUAAAAUCAAAACGAUCCAAACGAAGAUUCAUAACGAAAUCUGACAACUAUAUAAAUUCAAACGAAACGAACAAAAUCGUCGAUAAGCACAUCCUGAAGACACGUGGACCGUACGUUGUUCGAAAUCCGGCAAAACUAAACACAGACGAUAAUCUCGACGAUGGACCUAAACCGAAGAAUCGUGGGGCCGUGAAAAAAGAAACAAAUCAUAGAAAAUUCUCCUCGACAGUCAUAACAACUUCUCUACUUGGCAAACGUAAAUUUAUAACACAUGAAAUUGUUAAAACUAAUCGAAGAAACAGAAAUAACAUUAACAAUAAAAGAGAACAAAACGAUACAAAAUCGAUAAUAAGCGAUAUGAAAAACAAUUCCAGAAACUUCAAAACUAAAACAAAAUCACAAUCUUCUUAUAAGAAAAAGAACAGAGAAGAUGAAGUUAUUUAUGUACUUCCAAGUAGAAAUAAUAACUAUCAAAGUGUUACAAAUACGAUAUCUGGAAUUAGCAAACAAGAUAAUCCAAGCAACCUUUGUCAAAAAGAAAUACAUCAAACUUGCAGUGGCAUAGACAGAAUCGCCGACGAAGUUUUAGAAGGUUGGAUAAAAAGAAAAGAGAAAAUGAAAAGUUCAGAACAUGCUAAUAUAACAAAAGAUAAACCAAACGAAGUGUACAAUCUUUGUGUAGAUUUUGUUGAGACAAACAGUGAUCCAAAGAUACAGGAAAAAGUUUCAACAAGCAAAAUAGAGAAAACAUACUUAAAGUCACAAAAAUCCAUACCAAGAAAUACACCCGAAAACAUCUACGAUAUAGAUUUAACAGAUCACGAAAAUACACCAAAUAAAUUUUACGUAAUUGAAGAAGAUGAAAAUAAACCAAAGCCUAGAUUUAAAAAACCUAAAAUCCUUGUCAAACAUAACCUAAAAACCCAAUCGUUAAUAAAUUCAAAACAAUCCAAGUCUUUCAAAAAACAUAACUACAAAGAUAUUAAAAGAAAUAGUAAAAAAGAAUUUAUAAAUUUAAUUAAAAAAGAAUUGCAAUCAUCUAAUAUAUACGAUGAGCCACAUAAUAUGUUUGAAGCGUUAAAAACACUAGCAAGACGUACAAAUAAGGACAAUCAUAUAUCUUUCGUUGACGGCAUCGCUUCGAAAACAAAGCGGUAUACAGAAUGCGAUUACGACAAUCCAAAAUUAAUUAACUCAUUAAAAAAAUUCGUACCAAAGAGUAAAACAUUAAGCUUUGCCAAAAUACCGCGCACGGGAAUUAAAAAUAAAAUUCCAUCUUCACUUGAAGUGAAACAUUUUCGUAAAGCACCUGUUAAUAGACAACAAGUUAUAACCAUUUAA